GCGCCGCUAAUUGCGCAUGCGCAAUGAGAUGAAUGGCCGCAGCACCUGACGGCCCACCAGGAAGUGUGGCGGACAAAUCCUCGGCCGUUAAUCCCCGCUCUGUACGGUAACCGGAGGAGGCUCUGACAGUAGCAUGCACAGCGAGCCGGAGCGUUCAGUCUGACCGUCGGGACCGUCUCCGCUCCGGGCUCGGUCUGCGGCAUCUCGCGGAGCUGUCCGUCUCCUCCCCCCGCCUGUCGGGCUCCAGACCCCCGCUGCUGCUGAGCUGAAGCUCCGUGAAGCUCCGUGAGGCUCCGUGAAGCUCCGGGCACGUCCACCCUGACUGCAAUGGGAUGCUGCGGUAGCGCGGAGAGGACAAAGAGAGAAUGGAGACCGCUGGAGGACCGGAGCUGCACCGACCUGCCCUGGUUCCUGCUCUUCACCGUCUUCUGCGUCGGCAUGGGCAGCAUCUGCGGCUUCACCAUCGUCACCGGCGGCGCUGCUCGCCUCGUCUUCGGAUAUGACAGCUACGGAAACACCUGCGGCCAACGCAACGAACAGAUCGAAGGCGUCCGGCUGAGCGGCCUCGACCACAGCGACAGAAAGUUCGUCUUCUUCCUGGAUCCCUGUAACAUUGACAUCGUUCAGAGGAAAAUUAAGUCCAUGGCUCUGUGUGUGUCUCUGUGUCCCACCGAGGAGCUGAAGACCUACCAGGACCUGAAGAGGUUCGCCAUGUUCAACGGCUCUGAGCUGUGCUCCUAUGAGUUGGCAGGUCAUAAAUAUCCUGGUCUCCCUGAGAGGUUCACUAAAUGUCCCAAACUUCCAGUUCCUCCAAGCAAACCGCUACCAGUGUUUAACCGCUGCACACCGGUGGACAUCUCCUGCUACGCCCGGUUUGCUGAGGCCGUGGUGACGUUUGUGGGAGAUAACAGCGUUCUGCACCGACUGAUCGCCGGCGUCGCCGCCAGUAAAGAGAUCAUCAUCGGCCUGUGUGUCCUCGCUCUGGUCCUCUCCAUGAUCCUCAUGGUGAUCAUCCGGUACAUCUCUGCCGUCCUUGUCUGGAUCCUCACCUCUCUGGUCGUCCUCGGAUCCCUCGCGGGGACCAGUGUCCUCUGGUGGCUCUACAUUGACCACCGGCUCUAUGGGAACGACACCUCCACCAAAGUUACAAAGGAGGGGAAGGAGGAGGUGGAGGUCAGCCGGGACAGCAGCCAGGCGCUGCUGGUUUACGCCGUCGCCGCCACCGUCUUCACUAUCAUCCUGCUGCUGCUGAUGCUGUUCAUGAGGAAGCGGGUGGCUCUGACCAUCGCUCUGUUCCACGUGGCCGGAAAAGUCUUCAUCCACCUGCCGCUGCUCACCCUGCAGCCCUUCGUCACCUUCCUGGCCCUGCUGCUCUUCUGGAUCUACUGGAUCCUGGUGCUGCUGUUCCUGGGAACCACCGGUAACCCGGUCCAGAAUGAGGAGACGGGCCUGACGGAAUUCCGGCUGACGGGUCCUCUGCAGUACCUGACCUGGUACCAUGCUGUGGGUCUGGUCUGGAUCAGCGAGUUCAUCCUGGCCUGUCAGCAGAUGACGGUGGCUGGAGCCGUGGUCACUUAUUACUUCACCAGGGACAAAAACCGACUCCCGGUGACCCCAAUCCUGUCCUCGGUCUUGCGGCUGGUCCGGUACCACCUGGGCACCGUCGCUAAGGGAUCUUUUAUCAUCACACUGGUCAAGAUCCCCCGACUUGUCCUAAUGUACAUUCACAACCAGCUUAAAGGAAAGGAGAACGCGUGUGCUCGCUGUCUGCUGAAAACUUGUAUCUGCUGUCUGUGGUGUUUGGAGAAGUGCCUCAACUAUCUCAAUCAGAAUGCAUAUGCAGCCACAGCCAUCAACAGCACCAGUUUCUGCACGUCUGCACGCGACGCCUUCGUGAUCCUGGUGGAAAACGCUCUGCGUGUCGCCACAAUCAACGCCGUUGGAGACUUUGUGCUCUUCCUGGGGAAGAUCCUGAUCGUGACGACGACAGCGUUCGCAGGCGUCCUCCUUCUGAACUACCAGCGGGAUUACGCUGAGUGGCUACUGCCACUCAUCAUCGUGUGUCUCUUCUCCUUCCUGGUGGCUCACUGCUUCCUGUCCAUCUUUGAGAUCGUAGUGGACGUCCUCUUCCUCUGCUUCGCCAUCGAUACCAAGUACAACGACGGCACUCCAGGGAAGGAGUUCUUCAUGGACAAAGCUCUGAUGGAAUUUGUGGAGAGCAGUCGGCGGUUGGAGCGUGCCGUGGAGCGUGGGCGGAGCCGGGUGAAGGAGGCGGUGUCGGAAGGGGCGGAGAUGAAGCCCAUGGUGAGUGACGACGGAGGAGGAGGAGGGGGCGUGGCCAGGCGGAGGAGCUCAGUUGGGGAGGUGGGGCCAGACAGAGGCGGGGAGUGGGAGGAGCUUCAGGAGUUCCAGGUGUACUACCUGCUGGUGGGGGUCCUGGUGGACUGGGUGCUGACAGAGCAGAGCGGCUUCGUCCUCUGUCUUAGCGAGGACGUCGUCCUCUUCCUCUGCUUCUACUUGCCCACCUCCACCCUCUUCCUGUUCGUCAGCCUGCUGCACACGCCAAACUCCGCCCCCUCUGCCAAAUCAGCCGCUGUCAACGCCGCGUGCUAACUGAUGUGCUAACACACGUGAUGACUGAUGCAUGUUGAGAGACAAGCUGACCUGAGCAUGCUGAUUGGAUGAACACUGACGCAUGCUAGCAUCUCAUCAUCCUCAUCAUCCUCAUCAUCAUCAUGGCGGCUGGGACUAAUCAUUGACUUUCUGUUUGUGAUUAAUCUAUUUUUUACUUUUGUAUUUUUUAUAUUUGAAGGGUUUUUAUAAAUGUGUUUCUCUGUUU